UGCCAUUACCCAUUUCAGUGUUUGUGAAUGUGUUCAAAAUAUUAUCCUAAUAAAUGCAAUUCAUAUGUUUAUAUUUAGGAAAUAAAAUUAAGCAUAUGAAUUAAUUAAUUAAAUGUUUUGUUGUGCUGGCGCAAUUAGAUAAUACCAUGUCGGCAAUAAACGCUGCUCCUAUCACUGCGACCGACAGUUUGUCGCAAGCACUGAAAGCUAAUAUUAUUCCAAACCAAGAAUAUUUACUACAGGGUUCUGUCUUAGAUUCAGCUGUUGAGGUUUUAUUACAUAGAUUAAGAGGUCUGUGUGAUAAUGUUGAUGCUGGCCCAGAAACAUUUGAUGAUCAGGAAGUUUGUUUCAGCUUACGUGAUCCAAAUCAACAGAUGGCUCCUCUUAUGCUCCGAGUGAGAAAGGCCCUAGAUGCAAGGGAUAUGCCGUACCAGCUGAGAUAUAUUGGACAGCCUGACUUGGGAGACAAGAAUCGGCCAACUGUUGUCAGGUCAAGUUUGGAUAUUGCCUGCAGUGGAAUGCUCAUUGAAUUCCUUAAUGAGCUUGGCUGUAGGAUUGAGUUUGAAUAUAGUGUUAAAGGUUAUAUGUUUAGAAAAGGCAGAAUGAAAAUUACAGUUGCAAAAGUGUUCAAGAUAUCUCAAAGUUCAAUGCCUCCUGAGCCAAUAUCACAGAGUUAUCUUGUUGAAUUAUCUGUUUUAGCACCACAGGGUCAAGAUGCUAUUGGUGAAGACAUGCGUGCCUUCGCGGAUCAGUUGCGACCGCUCGUACAACUCGACAAAAUAGACUACAAGAGGCUUGGCCACAUGGCGGUUACUUAGCCUAUGUAUUUUAUUUAAACUCAUCAUAAUUACCAUUCUUAGAUGAUAAUACAUAAGUGAAAAAAGAUUAACUUUAUAUAGUAAAUGAACUUUGAAGGAAUUUUUGUUCAUGCGCUUAGAUAAUUAAGUUAAAAUAUCUAAUAAGUAGGUUUAUAAGUUAUUAAAGUAUGAAAAUUUUA